CUAUCGCUAACUUUAUAUCUGCCAAACAUAUGAUUAUUUCGUGCAAUGCUUUCGUAACGCAUAAGCUACAUAUAUUUAAGAGGUUUGUGUAAGAUGUCAGCUGUGGAUGAGGAUCCUGUUGAGGCGAUGCUAAAGAAAACUGGCUGCAUUGAGUUACACUACAAGGUGCAAGAGUGCAUUGCCGAAACCGGCGACUGGCGACAGUGUCAGGAAAAAGUGAAGGAGUUUAAGGCCUGCAUGCAAAAGUAUGUGGAGCAACAGAGCAAGAAGUACGCCAAUGUUAAAUAAGAUGUUUAAGCAGCUGAGC